GCAGAAACUAACACACCAUUGUAAAGCAAUUAUAUUCCAAUAAAGAUGUUAAAAAAAAAAAUGAAGCUGGCAAGAAGUAGGGUGUUUGUUAAGCAAGGAUUGGUUGGGGUCAGAAUGGUUGCAUCUAUACAAGGGGGAGCAGCCCUGAGACACAAGGUUCCAGGCGGCAGAUGUUGUUUUAAAAAUGGCUGGUGUCCUGGGGUUAGGUAUAGUUCACAGAAAGUUCAAGUUCUCAGUGUCGCAGGAAAGUCCUGAGACCAGAUCCUCAAUGGCUGCCCAGUUCCAUUUUUGUAUGUCUAAACUAUGAUCACUCCAUUAUAAUUUUAAUUUGUCAUAUAUACAUAUAUGGCAAAUUAGAAUUAUUUAUAUAUAUAUACACACACAUAUAUAAACAAGUUGUACACUUUAAAUAUAGACAGUUGUUAUUUGUCAAAGAUAAAUAAAUGAAAGUAAAAAGAAAAGAACUUUGUCUUGCAAGGCAAAAUGAAGUCUCGAGCACAAGUUUAUUUUGACUUCUAUUUUGAUAUCCCAGCUUAUAACUGGGACUGUACACUGAAUCUUAGAAUAAAAAACAAAAUAAUUUUGCUUUUUUCUUUUGCUAUUUAAAAUAUAUUCAUUGGAAAUGCCUAUUGCACUGUCAUCCCUGUUGAGUUUCUCUGCUUCAUUUAUGAACUAGUUUCAUCCUGCUCUUACGGGCUAAGUUGUAUCCCGCAAAAAUUCAUAUUUUUAGGAAACUCUAACCCUGAGUAUCUCAGAAUGCAUCUGUAUUUGGAGAUAGGGCCUUUAAAGAGGUAAUUAAAGCGAGGUCUUUAGGGUGGGCCUGCUGUGGUCUGAACAUUUGUGUCCCCCCGCAAAACUCAUAUGUUGAAAUGAAAUGCCCAAUGUGACGGCAUUAGGAGGUGGGGCCUUUGGGAGGUGGGUAGGUCGGAAGGGUGGAGCUCUCAUGAAUGGGAUUAGUGCCCUUAAAAAGAGACCCAGAGAGUUCCCCAGCCCCUUCCUCCAUGUGAGGACACAGGGUGAAGUUGUCAGUCUGUAGCCCAGAAGAGGGCCUUUACCAUAACCCAGCCACGGUGGCACCUUGAUCUUGGACAUCCCGGUCUCCAGAACUGUGAGAAAUAAACUUUUGUUGAUUGUAAGCCACCCAGUAGUCUGUGAUAUUUUAUUAUAGCCACUCAAACAGACUACGAUAGGCCCUAAUCCAAUAAGAAGAGGGGAUUAGAACACAGAGGGACAACCGUGUGAGGACACAGUGAGAAGGCAGCCAUCUGCAAGCCAAGGAGAGAGGCCUCAGAAGAAGCCAAACUUGCUGAUACCUCGAUCCCGGACUUCUAGCCUCCAAAAUUGUGAGAAAAUAAAUUCCUGUUGUUUAAGCCACCUAGUCCAUGGUAUUGAGUUGUGGCUGCCCAAGCAAAUGAAUACACCUGCUGUAUCCUCAUUUGUUGUAGGCUCUAUGUGUGAUUUUGCCUUUGAUUUUUUAAAGUAUUAGGAAGUAUUGCAGAAAUACACAAGGCUUAGAGGAUAAUGUAGUGAACACCCGUUACCCCUCUAAGUUAGUCAGGAUAGGGUAGGAUGUGCUGUAGUAACAAGUAAACCCUGAAAUCUUAGUGGCUUAAUACAAUGUAAGUUUAUUUGCCCAUCAUGAGAUUGCGACAUGGACCAGGCAGCCCUGCUUCAUCUUGUACCUAUGCCAUCUGGAGUAUGGACCAUCUGGGCCAUCCCUGAAGAGGAUGGGUGGACAGAGGAGGUACUUGGGCUCUUAACUGCCUCAGCUGGGAAGUAACUUCCAUUCACACCCCAUUGGCCAGAAGUAGCCAAAACUAGUGGCCCCAAUCUCACUGCAGAGGAUCCUGGGAAGUGAAGGGGAGGAUGUGGAUAUCUGGUAAGCACUAAUGGUCUCUACCUUCCCCAUAACAUGGUUCAAGAAAUGAGCAUCACAAUUACAGCUGAAGACCCUCAAUGCUUCCGUGAUUGGAGCAGUUCUGCAGAACUUUUAUUGACCUCAAGCCAUUCUCAUAUCUUUUGGGGGCACAGGUUCGAUCCCUGGCCAGGGAACUAAGAUCGCACAUGCCGUGCAGUGCAGCCAAAAAAGAAAAAAAAAGGAGUGGCCACUUUGUGAGAGAGGGUAUUCCAGCAUGAUCUCCUGUCCAGGCUGUGGCAAAGGUGUUGAAGCAACUUUCAAAUUCUGCCCCUACUGCGGAAAACCUCUGCCUACAGAGGAGCACGAGGGGUCCCAGACCUUUGUCAAGCCGUCUGUGUCAUCCUCCCAAGGCUCAAGGAAAAGGAGGAACACCAGUUCCGAAAUAUCUCCCAAGAAAGUGAAAUGGCCCAGCUGCGCUUCCUCUCCCCCAUCAUCCCUUCUCUCAGAAGGUGACAGUUCUGAAUCUGAAGAUACCUUCAGUACCUGGUGCUGGAGCAGAUCCCCAACCUCCCAGAGCAGCCCUCAGACGACCAGGCAGAGCCCUCAGGCACUGAAGCGGAGCCGGGUGACCACCUCGCUCAAGGCUUUGCCAGAGAGGACGGUGCUGAUAGACAAGAGUGGGCGGCACUGGAAGCUGAGAUGCCUCCAGAGCAGGGAUGGCCAGGGCAUUCUCUAUGAAGCUGAGCCAGACUCCACCUUUGACUGCGAGUCAAGUCUCCGAAAACAAAGAUUCUCACUUAAACUAGAUGCCAAGGACGGGCGCUUGUUCAACGAGCAGAACUUCUUCCAGCGGGCCGCCAAGCCUUUGCAAGUGAACAAGUGGAAAAAGCUGCACCCGACCCCCCAGCUGGCCAUCCCCACCUGCGUCGGUUUUGGCAUUCACCAGAACAAGUACAGGUUCUUGGUGUUCCCCAUCCUGGGGAGGAGCCUUCAGUCAAUCCUGGAUGACUACCCGAAGCAUGUGAUGUCAGUGAGGUCUGUGUUCCAGAUGGCCUGCCGGCUGCUGGAUGCCCUGGAGUUCCUCCAUGAGAAUGAGUAUGUUCACGGCAAUGUGACAGCUGACAAUAUCUUUGUGAAUCCAGAGGACUUGUGCCAGGUGACCCUGGCAGGCUACGGCUUCACCUUCCGCUAUUCGCCAGGUGGCAGACACGUGGCCUACAACGAAGGCAGCAGGAGCCCACAUGAGGGGGACCUUGAGUUCAUUAGCAUGGACCUGCACAAGGGAUGUGGGCCCUCCCGCCGCAGUGACCUCCAGACCCUGGGCUACUGUCUGCUGAAGUGGCUCUAUGGGACCCUGCCAUGGACGAACUGCCUUCCCAACACCGAGGAUAUCAUGAAGCUGAAACAGAAGUUUCUUGACAACCCAGAAGGCCUCGUGGGACAGUACAGUCACUGGAUCAAUACCUCAGAGACCCUGCAGAAGUAUCUGAAGGUGGUGAUGGCCCUCAAGUACGAGGAGAAGCCGCCCUACACUGCCCUGAGGAACAAUCUGAAAGCCCUGCUUCAGGAUCUGCGGGUGUCGGCCUACGACCCCUUGGACCUCCAGGUGGUACCCUAGAACUUUCAGCCUGCAGUUUGAAAUAGAAAAAAAAAAAAGAAGAUGUGUGACUCAAGGACUGCUAUAGAAUCACAGACAAGCUGCUAGAAAGAUCCCUCGAAUGUGCAUUCCUGCCACUUCUUUAGAUCAUCCGUCUAGAUCAGCCUCAGGGAACCCGGAAGUUAGGCUCAGAUACUGUGAACUCCCUCCUUUGACCAUCCCUCUCUUCAGCCGUUGUCUCCCACCAGCCACUGACGUUUUGGACUAAGACCCCCAGUUCACAGAUGGGGGUUGGGCUGGUCCUCUCAGUAAGGACGCGGCCAUUGGCACCACUAUGCUGUAGCAAUAAAUUGUUUCAUUGGAGCUUG